AUGGCGCCAGAGGCUCCCCGAAGACAACAGCCCAAAACGAGGAGAACCGCAAAUGCGUACGAAAGCCCCAUCCCGAACAGAGUGGUCCUCGUCGUUACUGAGGAUGAAUUGGUAGAUGCGUCUCGUGUCGGCAAAGCAAGAUCAAGUGUUCGGGGGAGGUGCCAUGUAGCAACUGCAUCCGACGCUUCACUCGAUGCCACUUUGCGGAGGCUGGCAACAAGGCUCCUGCAAGAGUUGAGACAGCAAGCCAGAGGACAUCGAGGUAGCCCGAGUCCUGACCAUUACGAAGCUGGCGGACGGGCCCAGCCUCGAGGCAGUCCACGAAGGGCCAGGCAAUUGAACGAGUCCCAGACCUGGAAGGAAAGGCAACGUAGCGCGCCAAGGGGGCACGAAGCGGGUUAUCAAUUGGAUCGAGGUUGGAAGCGGGAUCGAAAGUCAUUGACCAGCGAGAGUUGCAGCUCGCAAAGCCAUGCCAGUCACCAUGACCUUUCCCCCAGAAUCCCGUCUCACAUAUCAUUCAGUCCAUCUGGAAGCCCCUUUGCGCAUCCGCCACAGUUCACCCCAUGCCGUGCUGAGCGCCAGGUUUCUCCUCCACUCGCCGCCGAAGUUGGCCCAAGACGUCGUCCCCAUGUUGCAGAGGCCUGUCGGCUAGUGUUCGAUGUUGACGAUGACGAACUUGACUUCACCGAGACUCCGGCUCUCGUGCGAGGGAGGACGCACCCGGAACGACAUCUUCAGGAGACCCCAAAACCUGAACAGGAACAAGAAGAGCCCCCCUCACCACGACCGUUGAUCUCCGUGCUAAACUCUGGUAGCCUGACAUCCCAACGAUUCAGUCUGCCUUCCAAGAUCAUCAAGAACAAGCAUCCCAACGGGCAAGGCUGGAUCUGGUUGGCGCCGUGGUCCACUUGGUCCUUCACAGUCCGGCUGCGCUUUCUUAUGAAGGAAAAGCUGUAUCCCGACUUGGAAGAAGGUAGUAUUGAUGUAUACGACGGGAAGAUUUAUCCCUUGCAUUGGAAGCCGGCGUCUAGCGACGCGCCAGACAUUACCGGCCUGCCAUCCAUGGACUACGCCAUCUAUCUCUUCAACGCCGUCAAGUUUCAUCUCGGCAGAGCCUAUCGGUUCUUUGAGGAUGCGAGCUUUCUCAGUUGUAUGAAUGAGUUUUACGACGGCGAGGCACGAGCCGUGGCAACGCAGCAUCGGUUUUGGUUUGUCCAGUACCUCCUGAUGCUGGCUUUCGGGAAGGCGUUCCUCUCGCGGUCGAGGGCGAGCAAGGAUCCCCUGGGCGCCUGCUACUUCACUCGCGCCAUGUCCCUGAUGCCCGAUCCUGCUGUUUUCCGGAGAGAUAGCAUUCUGGCGAUUGAGCUGACGGCAUUGGCGGGGCUGUACUUUUACGCAAUUGACCAUCGCGAGUCUGCGCACGUUUAUGUAGGUUUACCGAGGGGGCAGUUCUCCACGUCGCUGGGGCUGCCCAUGUCCAUCCAGGACAGCGGCAUCACGACGCACCUGAGUGUUCCCGGCGAGAACUCCCAAGAGGACACGGCCGUGGUUCUCCAGGUCAAGCUCUCCCAGCUUCUGUCGCACAUUCUUUCUUGUACUCUGUUGCUUGUCCUGGUCGAGUCUGACCCAGGAGUCGCAGAGGUCUUUCUCGUCUUCGACCUCGAGUUCGUCUACAGCGCAGCGAUCCACCUGACCAUGGCCGACGCCCUCUUCCCAAGCGUGGCCGAGGACGCCCGCGGGCACAGCCAGGCGGCGCACUCAAUCAUGGACGACAUGAUGGCGAAAGGCAACAAGGUCGCGGCGACGCGCAAGGGGGACCUCACACAGCUUGAGGAUCUCUGUCGCGAGCUCGCCGCCCGCACAGAUGCACGCGGCCUGCAGACGCUGACGCUGACGCUGCCGGGCCUCGACGACUCGAUCGCGGGCUCCCUCUCGGCAACGGGGUCCACGCUCGAGGCUGUGGCUGGCGUGGAGGAGGACGUGGGCCUGCAGAGGGGGCUUGGCGAUGGUGCCAUGGCGGAGGAGACGCCGAUGCUGUGGGCAUCGCUGCCGGUGGCGACGACGAAUCUGGAGUUCAUGGACACUAUUGGGAUAUCGUCGGAGGAGGUGUUUUCGAUUCUGGAUGAGAUUGGCAACAUGGAUGAUCAGGGGGUUGUGUACCACUGGCCCGAUGUGGGGUGA